AUGGCAUGGCAUGGCAUGGCCUCCAUACACAUAUUCUUUCCCAGCAGUGGCAGAGCCGUGCAUCCAAGAUGCGAACUUUAUGGACAACGGCGGGCAGUUUGGUGGUACUGCGAUUUGCUAUCGACGAUGACUGUCCGUAGAACACGAGUACCGAGGAAUGAGUUUCAGAAUCUGCAACUGCGGGCAAUUGUCUCUGCAGUGCCGUUCUGCGCAAGCAAGACCGUCAGUGUAUGUUCAAGCGAAAGACUCGUGACAGGGCAUCCUGGUCUUCGGUCCGGACAUUUGGAUGACAGCACACGGCCUGACCCAAGGCCGUAG